CAGCCUAAGGGAAAGAAGGCUAAGGGGAAGAAGGUGGCACCUGCCCCUUCUGUGGCCAAGAAACAUGAGGCCAAAAAAGUAGUCAACCCCCUGUUCGAAAAGAGGCCAAAGAACUUUGGCAUCGGCCAGGAUAUUCAGCCAAAGCGUGAUUUGACACGCUUUGUGAAAUGGCCUCGUUAUGUCCGCCUGCAGAGGCAGCGCUCCAUCCUCUACAAGCGUCUGAAGGUUCCUCCUGCAAUCAACCAGUUCACCCAGGCUCUGGACCGCCAGACCGCAACACAGCUGUUCAAGCUGGCCCACAAGUACAGGCCAGAGACCAAGCAGGAGAAGAAGCAGAGGCUGCUGGCCCGUGCUGAGCAGAAGGCAGCUGGAAAGGGAGAUACACCUACCAAGAGGCCUCCUGUCCUCCGUGCAGGUGUGAACACUGUCACCUCUCUGGUGGAAAGCAAGAAGGCCCAGCUUGUUAUCAUUGCCCACGAUGUGGAUCCAAUUGAGCUUGUCGUCUUCUUGCCAGCCUUGUGCCGCAAGAUGGGCGUCCCAUACUGCAUCGUCAAGGGCAAGGCUAGACUGGGCAGACUGGUGCAUAGAAAGACAUGCACUUCAGUUGCCUUCACACAGACUAACCCUGAGGAUAAAGGUGCACUUGCCAAGCUUGUGGAAGCCAUCAAGACCAACUACAACGACAGAUAUGAGGAGAUCCGUCGUCACUGGGGAGGUGGUAUCAUGGGUCCCAAAUCAACAGCCCGCAUCACAAAGCUGGAGAAGGCAAAGGCCAAGGAACUGGCAACCAAGCUUGGUUAAAUUGUUUGGAAUAAAAAAUGUAUGUCCUAAAA